GAGCUCAGCUUGCUUCUCCCUUCUCUUUGGAUAAUCGUUGCUUUGCGCGUGAGAACUGUACAGUGUAUAAGAGAUAGAUUUCUAGAGUGAGAAAACAUAUAAAGGGUAUUGCUUCCCGCGUUUUCCAUCUUCAGCAUUACCUUCAUUUUUCUCAUGCGUGCAAGCGAUUCUCAAAUCAAUCUCUCAGCCCACCCCCCCUAAAAAUUCCCUGGUCCUUACCGGUUCUUAAUAUCUUUAAGAUUCUGCAUUCCCCUUGAACCUCAAGUUCAUUAUUAUCUCACUUUCCUCUUUUGAGAAAACGAAAGAAGAACAACUCCUCAAAUUAGCUUCGACGAACUUGUUUGUCGUUCUUUUGGAUUUUCUCCCCGUCAAUCGCUUUCCGAGGUCGGAACUUUUUCAAGCUCUCUAUCUGGAUUUCCUUUGGAGCAAUGGGGAGCCACAUAAGCAAGAAGAUCCCUGAAACAUCAUAUGCAAUUAAUUUCAAUACUGAUAUGCACUAUACAACCGAGCUGUGUUCAUAUGAAGCUGCCUGCAAGCUUGAUGCUGAUUUGCAAUCCUUUGACACAACACUUCAUGCUAGAACAAAUCAGGUCAUAAACACUCUUGCAGGUGGCGUUGAUGUUCGAGCUCUUUCAUUUGAAUCCCUAAAACAAGUCACAGAGUGCCUUCUGGAGAUGAACCAAGAAGUUGUCAGAGUGAUUCUGGAAUGCAAGAAAGACAUAUGGAAAAGCCAAGAACUCUUUGAUCUAGUUGAGGAGUACUUUGAGAAUAGCUUGCAGACUCUAGAUUUCUGUGCUGCUUUGGAGAAGUGCCUAAAGCGAGCUAGAGAUGGCCAGCUUCUUAUACUGGUGGCUCUGCAACAAUUUGAGGACGAAGCAGAGUUAGGAGAUAACCGGUUUGUAAAAACGCUACAAGAACUGAAGAAUUUCAAAGCAGCUGGUGAUCCUUUUACCGAAGAGUUCUUCCAAAUCUUUCAGUCGGUAUAUAAGCAGCAAAUGCUAAUGCUUGAGAAGUUGCAAGUAAGAAAAAGCAAGCUUGAUAAGAAGCUCAAAUCCAUCCACACAUGGAGGAAGGUCACAAGCAUGAUAUUUGCAGCUACAUUUGCUGCGGUUCUGAUAUGUUCAGUUGUUGCAGCAGCUGUUGCUGCUCCACCAGUAGCAUCUGCUCUUGCUGCUGCAACAUCAAUCCCAAUUGGGACAAUGGGAAAAUGGAUUGAUUCUCUUUGGAAGAACUAUGAAAAUGCAUUGAAGGGACAGAAGGAAGUGAUUAGCUCAAUCCAGGUUGGUACUUAUGUGGCAAUCAAGGACCUGGAUAAUAUCAGGGUUCUGGUUGAUAGGUUGGAGAUUCAGAUUGAGUCUCUACUGCGUAAUAUCGAUUUUGCAAUUGAAGAAGAAGCAGUGAAGAUUGCAAUAGAGGAGAUUAAGAAGAAGCUUGGGGUGUUUAUGAAGAAUGUUGAAGAACUAGGAGUCCAAGCUGAUAUGUGCAGCCGUGACAUAAGGAGGGCCAGAACUGUAGUUCUCCAGAGAAUCAUAAAGCAUCCUCACAAUUGAAGUUAAAGAUAAUCCAUGCGCAGAAGUUUAGUAAAUUUAAAAUUUGAAUUUUCUUUCAUGUUCAAGGCAAAAAGACAAUGGAUUUUAUUCCUUGGGUUUGUUAAGGUAGCUGAAAUUGGUUGUUCAUUCAUGAAAUGUAAGUUGUUCAAAAUUUUUAUUGA